AUGCUUAAAAAUAGAAAAAUGAAAGAAAAAUAUUUAAGUAAAGGAUUGUUUUCAACUGAAACUGCUAAACAAAAAGCUGAGCUUUUGGGCGCUGAAUUUAUUGGUUUAUUUGAUAUUCAAUUUGGGGAUAUUAAUGUAAAGGUGGAAAAUCAGAUAGAUUUGAAUGAUUUGGACUUUGAUUUUAGUGAUACAUCAGGCAUUGAUUUUAACUUGUUUCAAGAUUUAAUCUAA